CGUCUUGUUCUUCCCCAAGAGGGCAGAACAAAACUCAACACUUACCCGGACAGAGAUUUCUACGCUUAUCCACGCUUUGUGACCCAUGUUGAUGAUGGCUUCAUUUCCACAUUAACCAAUCUCUACAGACAAAAGUUGAGGCCUAACUCAGAGAUUCUUGAUCUUAUGAGUUCAUGGGUCAGCCAUUUACCAGAAGAGGUUGAGUACAAAAAAGUGGUUGGGCAUGGACUCAAUGCACAAGAACUUGCCAAGAACCCAAGGCUGGACUAUUUCUUUGUCAAGGAUCUGAACCAGGAUCAGAAGCUGGAGUUGGAGAGCUCCAGUUUUGAUGCAGUUUUGUGCACAGUCAGUGUGCAGUAUCUUCAACAGCCUGAGAAGGUGUUUGCAGAGGUGUUUAGGGUUCUAAGGCCAGGAGGGGUGUUUAUUGUGAGCUUUAGCAAUCGAUUGUUCUAUGAGAAAGCCAUAGGCGCAUGGAGAGAUGGGAGUGCAUACAGCAGAACACAAUUGGUUGUGCAAUACUUUCAAUCUGUGGAAGGGUUCACGCAAGCUGAAAUAAUUAAGAAAUUACCAGACCCUAAUGGUGGUGGUGGUGGUAGUCCACAAAAUAAAUCACCAUUCAGUUGGGUCAUGGGUUUGCUGGGAUUGCUAUCCGGGUCGGAUCCCUUUUAUGCAGUGAUAGCUUACAAGAACUUCAAGCCUGUAUAUGAAUGAACAAUAGCUUACCAGAACUUCAAACUCUUACUCUGUUCCCAAAUGAAGCAUGCAGUAUGCAGACGUUGGACUCUGUUUGUCCUUUCAAUUCUUGUAAUUGUGAGGGUUUCUAUUCCCUGUCUGUCAGGCUAUGAUGUUAGAAAUACAAAAAUGAACACCACC